ACUCCUUCACCUGACCAAACAGUGCAGCCUCCAUCUACCCGUUCAGUACGGUCGCCUGAAAUGCUACACCGCUGCUAAGGGAGCCCACGUGCAGGCUAGAGUGCAAGCGUAGACCGAAGAACUAGACAGGACAGCCAAAACAGCACACACGCAGCCAGGUCAGGGAUCAGGCACAAUGGGUCGCACUCAGCGUCGUCGCAGCCACAGGAACACCAAGGAUUCCAGCUCCUUGCAUGCUCUCUACGUGGACCUCCACUCGCGGGGUUGGCAGAACUCCACAGGCCUCUCAGCCUGCAACUUUCUCCAGACGGGCAGAGGACUGUGCUCCAAGCGGGCCACGUUUGCUCCAGAGGAUGAGCUAAUACGGCUGCCCGUGGAGUGCCUACUAAGUAUAGCUACCCUGGAAUCCGACGAGGCUUUUAAAGAGCUCUUCAACAAGGAGUUCUUCGACAAGGAUGCCAGGAUCUCCUUUCAGGCUUUGAUAGCCUGCUACAUAAUGUACCAGAAACACCUGCAAGACUGUUCAAAUAGCUCGGUAUACGCCGCCUACCUGGAUACAUUACCCAAAAGCUACUCUACCCCCUACUUUUGCUCUAUACCGGAGCUACAGUGCCUACCUGAGGCGCUGCUGGAGCGAACUGUGGCCCAGAACCGGCAGAUAAAGGAUUAUUACGGAAUAAUCAAGAGUCUGGUGGGUUCCUUGAGCUGCCAGUGUUGUGGACAAAGCUACUGCCUGGAUAUUUGGACCCUGGCCGAUUAUCGGUUGGCUUACUUUGCCGUAAAUACCCGCAGCGUGUACCUCAGUGCCCGUUUUUUAAAGAAACAAAGCAGCCACUUUCAAGGCCUGCUCAGCGGAGACACCAACUUGGCCUUGGCUCCCUUCCUGGACCUCUUCAACCACUCGGAUUCGGUCCAGACCACCGCUGAGAUACAGUCUAAGGAUUAUGUGGUCACCCUGAAGUCCCUGCCUUUGGCUGAAACCAAACCUUAUGAGCAGCUGUUCAUCAGCUACGGCGCUCUGCCCAACUUCAAGCUUCUGACUGAGUACGGGUUUUGGCUGAAGGGUAAUCUCCACGACUAUUUUGAGUUCUCCUUGCUGGACAUCGAACACAUGAUCAAGCACCGCAAGGAGCUGUACUCCCAGAUCUACCACCGUAACAUCUUUAAGUUCAUAAGGGAGCAUAAUCUAUCUGACCAGAUGUUCGUACACCUGGGAGACGGCUGCUCCCACAAUUUACGGGUGGUUUUACACCUGAUCUUCAAGCAGCAGGCCUACUUUCCCAACAUCCUCAACCAAAUAGCCUUUGGCGAUGCCGAACAGUUCGAGGAUGUGCAGCCGGAGUUGGCGUAUCUUGUCAGGUACAAGGUGCAGGAGUAUCAGAUUUUUAUGGGAGAGCUGGAUAAACUACCCGAGCUGACGGAGAGUGGAUCUACUGCGCGAUCUUAUUUGGAAGAAUGUGUCCGUUACCUGGGCGACUUUGAAGCUAGGCAUUUUCCUGAUUUUGAUCAGUAAAACCAGGAAUCAGGAGGUACAAAGAGUUUAGAUUUGGAGAGGAAUGAAGUGUAACUUCUUCAGGGAUAUUUUUUUACUUUAAAAAGAAUUGAAAUGCUAUCAUUAUUAAUGAUUGAAAGCUUAAAAUAACUUCUUAUUUAGUUAAGAAUGAAGCAUAGAAUUGACUAGAACUUAAUUUUCUUUUUUAAAAAUUUUUUAUACAUGAAAUAAAUCUAAGAAGAAACGAAUAAAUCCCCACCAAGUUAUAAUA